CGCGCCCCCGACAGCCCACUCGUGCUGCUGCUGUACUGUAAUCAUAUGAUAGGGAGCCGAGCCCCGCUGCAGAAUACCGACACACCGGGCGGACACCAGCGGAGCAGCCGGGGCGGAGGACACCAGUUGAUGGUAGAGAUUUUAUUUUAGCCGUUACAGAAGCGCGUGGAGUCCGUGAAAGUGUCAGAAAGAGCCAAAGUCCCCCCAGAAAGGAACUUUUUUAAACUCUGGAGAGAGUCGGACACAGGGGGGGAACCGUUUGGAAGAGAGGAGGGCGACACACACGAAACGUUAACCGAGGGACAGUCGAUUUAACCGGAGCUGAGGUUUGAGUUAGCUAACACACACACACACACACACACACACACACACACACACACACACACACACAGAGGUAGGCGGUCAGCGGGUCGGUGGAAACCCCUGGGGUCCUCGCAUCGCUUGUCGGGGCGUGUGUGGUUGUUUUUUUUUUGUGGCUUUCCCCCACAAGUUUCUAAAAACUAGCUAGGUCACUUUACUGUCGAAGCUGAAGCCAUGGUCGGGGAGACAGAGGUGAAGGAGAGACCCAAGUCCAACCCGGACUAUCUCAUGCAGCUGAUGAACGACAGGAAGGUGAUGAGCUCCCUGCCCAACUUCAGCGGCAUCUUCACGCAUCUGGAGCGGCUGCUGGAUGAAGAAAUCGGCAGGGUACGCAAAGACAUGUACAAUGACACGGUGAAUGGCGGCAUGUUCAACGGGCGGGACAUGGAGGAGCUUCCCGAAGCCAUCGGCCCUGUGGCUCAGCUGCAGGAGAAGCUCUACGUGCCUGUCAAAGAGUACCCUGACUUUAACUUUGUAGGGAGGAUCCUGGGCCCACGUGGACUGACGGCCAAACAACUGGAGGCAGAGACCGGCUGCAAGAUUAUGGUGCGAGGAAAGGGCUCCAUGAGAGACAAGAAGAAGGAGGAGAUGAACCGAGGGAAGCCCAACUGGGAGCACCUCAGCGAGGACCUCCACGUCCUGAUCACGGUGGAGGACACACACAACCGGGCCAAGAUCAAACUCCAGCGGGCCAUCAACGAGGUCAAGAAACUUCUGGUGCCAGCUGCUGAGGGGGAGGACAACCUGAAGAAAAUGCAGUUGAUGGAGCUGGCCAUUCUCAACGGGACCUACAGAGACGCCAAUGUCAAGACGCCCACCGCCGGCUUCCCUCUGGCGACCCCUCAGGCGCCCCGGAUCAUCACAGGCCCGACGCCCGUCCUGCCUCCCACCCUGCGCAACCCCGCCCCUGUCACCACGCCGACCAUCAUGCCUCUGAUCCGUCAGAUCCAGAGCUCCGCCCUCGUGCCGGGAGGCAAUCCACACCCGGCGCUGGUGCAGCAAGGGCCCGAAUCUGGAAUCAUCUACACGCCCUACGAGUAUCCCUACACACUCACACCCUCCAUAUUGGAAUACCCGAUUGACUCAACUGGAGUAUUAGUCCCUUCUUCCUGUGUUUUCGCAGCAGGUGCCAUGACCACUAAGGUACGACGCCACGACAAGAGAAUCCAUCCUUACCAAAGGGUAGUGACCCCAGACAGAGCUGCCACGGCAACUAACCCAUGACCCCUUGACCUUCUGACCUUUCCGCCCACUGAUGACCCACCCAUCUCCGCCUGCUGGCGUGCUCAUUGGCCCGCGGCCCCGUCACUCCCCCAGCUCAGCCAACCAGACCAGCACAUUGGGAACAACCCCGGCUGCUUCUGUCUAACCAGCCAACCAGACGACAGCGAUCACGGGAGUAAACCUCAGGACCCCGCCCAUCACCAAGUCCUAACCUAAACUUUACCAAACGUGCCUUCCUUUCAAAAAGUCCAAAGCCAGUCUGAGAAUGUUUCAUAACCAGUCAGAAUCCCAAUUUGUAACAGUUGUUGCCAUGCAUAACCAGUAGACUUUACUGGGGACGGGGCCCCAAACUGGUGAAGGGCUCCUAAACCAAUCCCUGGCUGUGCCAAACUGUCUCUGAGCUGCCCUGCCCUCAGUCCAUGUGAUGCAAUAAUAAUGACUUUAUUAAUAACAUGGUAACUAAACUGAUAAUGGUGGUACUUAUCCAGCACAGAAACCCUCCAUAAACACUAAAACUAAAAAGAGAUAUGUUGAUAUUUUAAAGUAUCUUUCCUCAUCAUGCACCUUUUACUGAAAGGAGCACUUCACCAACAAGACUAUCGUUUGUAUUUUUAUUACCCACCCUGUGAUGUGUUGAAUUUGUAAAGAAAUCUUUGUUUUUCUCGCUUGUCUUCACGGUGAACGAAGCAUUUAAAAGCGGAGAAAGUAAAACAGUAAAACUAUAUCAAAACAUCUGUUAACAGACUUAACUCACGCCGAAUAAUCCAAGUCUCAUCUAUCCAGUUCAGGGAUGCCGUAGGGUUUAGUUGAUUCAAAACACACCCAAAACACACAUUAAACACACAUUAAACAUGGCUUAAUACAGACAAUUUCAAACAUAAGUCCACAAAUCAGCUUCACUAUAACUCGCAGCAUUCACAGACAAACACUUGUCUUUAUCUGGACACAUUUUCCCCACAAAUACAAUAUGCUAACGUUAUUAGCACAAGCCUAUGGCAUUUUACAUUGUAUAUAUUAGCCUAGUGGCUAGCAGACUUUUCAUGUAUUCAUAUAAAAGCAGGGACAACAGCAACAUUUAACAAAGGUAACGUUACAAAAUUCGGCUCCAUUACAACACACAAGGUUCACUGACAAAACAACUGUCUUAUACUAAACACGUUUUCCAAACAAAUAUAACAUGCUAAUGCUACUACCACAAGCCUAUGGCAUUUUACAUUGUAUAAAUUAGCCUAGCGAUGAGCAGAGAUUUCCUCUGCUCAUAUGAAGCCAGGAUAAAUCACGCAUAAGACUUAAAAUGCUAAAAUGCUAUUUUUGUGGAGGCUUUAUUGUCUUCACAAUUUAUAGUUUCUUAUCUGUGAAAUUAAAGUAAAUAAAAGCUUUGUUUCCACUGAGGGAAAUAGUUUCAGCUUACAGAAAUAGACAGGAGGUCUGCGUCGCCAUGAUGCGUAGUUGCAUUUCUGGGGAGGUGCACGUCAGGCUAUGCUGUAGGUACGGUGUUGAUUUGACAUAGAAGUAUAAAUCUCGCAUUAACUAUAAAUCUGUUACCGCCGAGGAUUUUUCUGAUUGGUGACGCAUGUCGGUUUGUAAAUUAAUCUAGCUGCUUUUUAGUUUUCUUCACUGCGCACCAUCUGGGUCUGGUGGGAUUUAGCUAGCGCCGUGAUCGUUCAGUGGCUCAACAGUGUUGUUGAAACAUUGUGCCCACCCUCCAGCUGCUCUCGAAGCCGUCCCGGUGCAGCUUAAUUUUAGCCGCAGACCCUUCUGUAGUAUUCUUAACUACUGUUAGCUCUGUUAGCAUCGCAGCAGUGUUAGCGCAGCUAGUGGUGCUAACAUAGUUAACAGUGCUAACUUUGCGGCUCAAAACGCGGUCGCUUAUUCACCGGGGCUACUUGGGGGGAGACCAAAUGGUGGCUACCAUGUUUCCAUAGCAAUGCUCUCCCUCCCGCCAGCUAGAAUCCCACCUGACCUGGGUGGUGCACAGAGCAAGGCCCUCAGGAAGUGUGCCAGGCUUUGAAGCUAAUGUUUGUAGUGGCCAAACCAUGGCACUGCGAUUUUUGGGGUCCGUCACAUGAUGCCAUAGGGCCCAAAAAACUUUUCCCAUAGACCUACAUUGGGAAAGAGACCUCUGUAACUCAAUGGAUACAUUUUUUUGAGUGUCACAGCCCCUGCCACAUGACUGAUCCAUGAUGUUUCGCGAAAAUGCGUGGGUUUGUUAAUUACUGAGCUUACGACUGGAUAACUGAGACUUGGAUUAUACUGCACGAGUUGUGUGAGAGUUUGUAAAUGGAUGUAUAGGUGUAGUUUUUCUGUCGCUAAGAGCAACGUGUAUAAUAUCAAUUCAUCAAGAAUUUUCUCAAUUUUUGGAUUCUCCGUUCACUGUGGAGGUGUCCGAGAAAAACAAUGAUUUCUUUACAGUUCAACACAACACAGGGUGAGUUAAUGAUAUACAAACAGUCAUUUUUGUUGAUGAAAUAUUCCUUUAACUUCGUCACACACUCACCACGGGGAUUUCUUCUUUUCUGGGCCGACAUACAUUCAUCAAUUCACACUCCAUAAUUGGUGUUAAAACUUCCAUAUAUGAACAUGCUCUCCCCUGAAACGUAACACCAACAUGUGUCCACUCGUGUUCAAAAUGUCACUUUAUUUUUAGGAGCGUAUCAAUCUGCGCCUCAUUUCCUUUAAAAAUUACACAUUUCCAUUUUGUCUCGACAUGUUCGAAUGAGGAAAACUUUAAAAAAAAGACGUAAAGUGAAAUGCCAGCGCUGAAGCUUUUUCACCGCAACAGGUGCUCGGUGAGGAAAAAAUAACAAACUGGAAUCCAAAAUGCCAAAAUAUCUCUUGAGUUUUUUUAACAGGUAAAUCAUCCCAAUACUGAGUCAACAUAUGCAGUAUAAAUGCCUAGUCUGUACACACAUACACACACACACACACACACACACACACACACACACAGAGGGGAGGUUGCACUUCUUUUGUCUAAAUCUAGAGGACUUACACAACGAUGCCUUUGCCUCUCUCACACUACAGUAUUGUAUGAGCUUGAACAACAGUGCCUUUAUUUAUUUCAGAGCGAUGGAACAAUGUUACACCUAAAUCUUUUACUACAUCGUGGGUUUGUGCCCAGUAUGAAAUUAUGUCCUUUUGGUUUAUGCAGAUUAAUCAUCCACAUUUUAUGGUUUCACAUCUCUGUCUCUUCUCAGUUCAGAUUUUAGUGCCAAAAACAAAAAAACAAAAGUGGCUCAUUUGAAUUGGAGGUGAAAUGCAGUAUUGAAGCAGCAGCAGCUACGAUUUCUGAAAUGUUUAUGUGUGAGGUUUGGAUACCUCUAGAGAACAGUGUUAUAUUUUAUCUUUUUGUUUGUUAUGUCUUGUCGGAGAUGAAGUCCCUAUCUAUAUUUCUGCAUGUGUAUCCGCUUUUGUUCAGACGGUGUGGUGAAGUUACACACGCACAUACACAAAAACCAACCGAUGCCUUGACAGAAAAAAAAAAACCAGAAAAAAAAAAAUCAUGGAGCCGUAACAUCUGUAACAAGUUUAUAAUGUAUUUUUAUAUUAUAUUUUGUACGUGGAAAAUAACAUUAAAUGACAUUUUCAGAUAAGAACAUUAUGCCUUAUUAAGGAGAGUAAUUUGAUGAGUGUAACUACCCUUCAUGUGUCAUAAGUAAUCGAUGUCCUGAUAUACUGGAGUCUCUGAUGUCCUCUGUAUUAACUUGAGCCUUUGAGAUCAACAUCGCUUGCCCUCUGUGCCUUUUGUAUUUUAUGAGUGUGACGAUUAACAGUGUAGUAUGACAUUAAUCUACUCUUCAAGUGUAGGUUACUAACUGUUACCACUUCUGUGAUUAUUAACAACUUUAAUGGUAUCUCACGGAAG